AUGAAUGAAACAACAAUAGACGAUACAGUUCUUUCAAAUAAAACAUUAACUACAAAUUCUAAUCCGUCGUUACUACGUGCAGUAUCGGUACCUGCUACAUCAACAUCAACUUUAGCUAAAACUCCAUGGUAUCAACAAAAAUUCGAACUAUAUCGCGAUGUAAUUGAAGAAAAAGUACGUGAUGCAUAUCCUGAGUUGCCACAAAUGUACAAAUUACAACCUGCAAAUAUUGAAUGUUCAACUAUGAAAGGAUAUGACCUUGACUUUUCCAUCGAGUUACAUGAUGGACGAAGUGUAGUUGUAUCCAUUUCUUAUGGUGGUAGCUCGGGACCUCCAUAUACAAAGGAAGAACGUCGUAAGCUGGUCACUAUUCGUCAAAAUACGGUGCCCAAUUAG